AUGCAGCCGGCGGUGCCCGACCUAGCAGCUCUUAUUGCUAGUGGUGAGUGGUCAGAUGACCAGCGAGAAUGGUUUGAACGUGUUCGCGAAGCAUGUCGGAACAUUGUGACGCAUGUUGGUUGGAACGAUGAGACAGGUGCAUUUGUGAGCCUUUGGAUCCUCUUGACCAAAGUCAAUAUCAUGAUGGCGACUGAACACUUGUCUGGCGAGGACAUAGGUCCAGAGGGCAUGGGGCGCAUGCCGCGCCCAGCUCUUGGAUUGCAGGCUUUGUCCACUAUGCCUGUGAGCCGGCAGGACUAUCUGAAGGAAGAUGUGGAGGCCGGGAAGGCUUUGUGUGAUAUGUUGAUUGCUCAUGUGAAUGCUGUGUGGCUUUCGCACCAAGCACCUUUGGCGACGCGAUUCCUCGGUGAGUGUGUGGAUGGCUUCGCUUUGGCAAAGCUUCAGUUGCGGCCGGCUCUGCACUUGACUGGCGUCAUCGCCUUUGGGCUGGCUGAGUUCUAUGUCAUUUUGAACCCAGACACCAAGAAAGACGCCAAUAUGAAUAUCACAUGUAUUGGGAAGGCGCUGGAUCUUUGCAGAGCAUUGGUGGAAAGCUGGGGCGCUGACUACUCUCUUCCGCGGCAUUGUCUGAUUGCCGCGGACAACACGCCACGAGAGACGAAGAACCAAAUAUUUGCUACGUUUGCAAGCACACUGGUGGCCCGUCAUCACUUCGAGUCCGUGGAGGUCCAAUAUAUGAUGACCGGACAUACCAAGAACGAGCUCGACCAGCGCUUCAGCACGAUAGCCACAGUGCUGUCGAAGGCCAGUGUGUUGGAGACUCCAUCGGACUUUGCAGCGUGGAUCAGGAACAAUGUGCGUCCCUUGCAUGGCAAAGAGCUUCAUGUUAUAGUGCUGGAAGAGACCUGGGACUUUCAACAAAUGCACCAGGCGCCGCAGCUGAUGAUGCCGCAUUGCCUGGUGAGAAACAUCGACAUGAAGGAGAAGCUGUUUCCAGCAGCACGCAGAGACUUUUCAGAGGAACAGCUCGAUCAAAUUCGGAAGACCGCUCGAGUGGUCAACACCGAGCCCUGGCGUUUGUUUGAAGCGCAACACUGGUUGGAAGCUCCGUGUGACGACAAUGUGGCAAAGGUUGUGAAGAAACCACCUGCCUUGGAGAUGGUUCUGGAAAUGGGUACUUGUGCAGACCCAGGUACUCUUCCGGAUUUCUCUGAUCUAUUGAUCCCUGAGGACCCAGUUCCUCGUGUGGUGCGGGUUGCUGCUAAAGCUGGGGCAAAGAAACGCCCUGCUUCAAAUGCAGGCCACAUGCCAUGGAAGGAGUUGUUGCUGCGCCUCCAGGCCCUGUGGAAGGGCCGCCUCCUCUUCGUCCUUCGCCAGCUGCUGCGGAGCCUGAAGAUCCCCCUCCACCCGAAACCAGCGAGCAGUUUGCGGCGUCAGAUGGAUGCAAAUGAUCAGAAGGUUGCUGACAUGGUCAAGAAGGGCGAUUUUCCUUUGCCACUUGAUCCUGCCAAGCUCGAGGAGCGUGAGGAGGAUGACCAGGGGCAGACCUAUGACCAGAUGUUGCAGUUGCUGGACUUGGAUUUCGAAGACCUACACAGAGUCCUUCAGGGUGAAAAACAAGGUAUCAGAAGUGCAAGUCAGUGCAAGAUUGGGUCUCGCAAAGGCUGGCUGGCAGGAGCUUUGGAGCAACACGGCUGGCGCAAGACCGAUAAGGGCUGGCGCUGGUGCUGGGCUUGGCAAUCCACCGAAUACCGCCGAGAUCCCUCAUUGGCUGGUGGCAGUCACACCAGCUUGAUCAUUUUUUCCAGUGCAGCACGCAGCAUGGCAACCGAAGACAAGCGAGAGUAUGCUGCUGCCAUGACUUUAAAGAUCAUGGCUCACAGGCAAGCUUGGGCAGCAGCCCUGAAAGAAUUGGCAGAGGUCAAGGAAGAGCAGCCGGAGGAUGAAUCUGGACCAGGUCCAGUGUGUGUGUCGUCAACUGCACAUGACCAUGAAGUCGAGGCCACUGAGAUGGACAAAAAGACCUUUGAAGUGGGUUCGUUUUCAAUGGAGCAGCCUUCAGCUGUUGAGAAAGAGGACGUUGCGCCAGCGCUGAAGAAGGAAGACAUGGCAAAGAGCGAAGCUCCCACAGAGGAUCUGCCGUCUACAAGUGGCCUGAAGGAUGACCAACUUCCACCUUCUAGAUCAAGGCCAGUUGAUUCAGAAAAUCCUGGUCCUCCGAGCUGUGGAGACGACAAGCCCCAAGCGCAACCAAAGAGGAAAAGAGGACGCCGUGGUGGCCGCAAUGCUGACUGGUACGCUGCGGCCUACGCCCUGCGCAACGUUUGGGGGAGAAGUGAGGAUUUGCGUUGUGACUUCAUGGCUGCUGCUGAUGGAGAUGCAGCUAUUCCAGUUGAAGACGCCCCAGAAGCAGAGAAAGGCUUCUCUGCGCAGUGGUUGGACAAGUUUGCAGAGCGCCUGGACAAGCAUCCAGCUGGCCCGUGCGCCUUCCUGCAGGAGGAGUUGCAGACUGAAGCCGAAUUUGCAGACUUCAUGGAUUGGCUUUGGAUUGAAUUCGCUGAGCGGCCAGACAUUCUAUACCAACAUGGCAAAGACUUGCAGGGUGUGACUGAGGACAUGUUGGCCCAGACUCCGCCAACUGCUUUCCACAUUAGUGCCUUUGCCUUUGAUGAUCGUUCCAGCAUGAAGCCAGGACCUGGAAAGGAGCUUGCUCUCGCAUUGGCAGAGCAUUACCUCAAGGACGGUUUCACAACAUCUGGUGAGCCAAUCCUGGCUCAGCAUCAGGUGGCGGAGCCCAUGAAGCAACUGCCAGCUCCAUGGGAGAAACCCAGCACUGGAGAAAUCCUGCAGCCAUUUAGUGUGGCCUUCAUCAAAGGACGUGCUAGAAUUACUUCCCUCAUGGGCUUGCUCUACAGGAUGUUCGACGGUGGUGCAAAGAAGAUUUCAGAGCAAAACCGAGUUCUUUGGGAAAGCGUUUGCGUGAUUUGGGUCCAGCAUUUGAGCCAACAUACCAAGGAGGAUGAGGUCUUGACCAAUUUGAAGCUCAGCCUGAGAGGUUCCCUUCGCAAGGCUUGCAAUGUGAUUCAAAUAGCCCAUAUGGUGCGAAGGCUUCUGAAAGAAGGCGGCGCCGACUACGCUGGCUUCGUCCGCAAGUGGAAUCAGCAGACAGUGCAGUCCCAGCAGAUCAAGGGGCGCAAGGAUGUCCUUGACAGCAUUUUGACGCACGUUGGUUUGAUGGGCUGGACCGAUUCAUGCUGGAGCGAGGAGAACUUAGCUUCGAAGCGCCUUUUCCCAGGUCAUGCAUUCUCAUCCCGGUCAAGGAAGUGGUCAGCCCGGCUCAAGGUGACAGAUGAGAGCUUGCGCACCAUGGUUCAGAGGGUUCAGUGGAUGGCAGAAUCUUGGAGAUCUGAUUUGGGCAAGCGCCCGGCCUAUGAUGUGGCCUUCAUGGAGUCAAUGGCUGAGAAGGCUGCAGCUUUGUGCUCAUUGGCGAGGGAGUUCUGCAAAGAACACCCAGUGAGCUAUGAUCUGGUCCAAGAGAAAGUUCUGAAGAUGUGGGCAGAAGGAGAUGAGCGCAUCGACAUGGAACUCUAUGCAGGUCUCCUAGAGAAGUCAGACCAGUUUGAGCCAGGCCUCCAUAUGCCUUGCUUCAAAGCGUUGUUGGAUGAUGCCAUCUUCAAAGCCCCCGUCACCUCCGACCAGGAAAAGAAUUUGCGUGACCAGCUCAAACGGGAUGAGUUUGACAGCCUGAUCAAAAAGUUGGAGUACGACACCAAGGUUUUUGAGAUCUGGCAGUCCAAGUGCGCUGGGGCAACUGUUGCCAGAAACCAUGCCCGUCAGGAGCAUUUGAUCAACCAGCACCGGAAAGUCCAUGAAGCGGCUGAGAACUACCUGGAUGGUUGUGUGAGGCUCAUCACCUGGGAAGGUUGUCGCAGCGCGGAUGCCUUGAUUCCUCAAAUCUUGCAAUACCGCCUGGAUGCCAUGAAAAAAUUGAAGACUGCGGUGACUGCCACUGACAUCCCGACAGUCACCUUCAUGAACUGGACUGCCCCGUGCUUGCUGUCCAACACCAGGCAGGCAGACCAUGCAGCUGUUCUGAGCUGGGCCAUGCAUGAUAAUCCUAGCAGCUGCGCUUUGAUCUUUUCGCCGGUGUUCUCAAACCACAAAGGACGCACUUUCUUGGAGGAAAAUGCUGCCCUGCAGCUUUUGAGCCGUGGAGGUCACAACCUGGACCACCAGUUCUCUGUCCUCUACCAGGAGAGAUGUGAUGCGCGCGAUGGAAGGCCUUUGUUGUACCCAGCCAGGUUUGCAUUCCCUGGCCAUGUGGUGGAUUUGAACAAGUCAUCGCCUUUCUUCCAGUCCGCGCUUCGCAGGAAUGCCAGGACAGAAGCUUGCAAGCAGGUUCCUUCGAAGGACCUCAAGGACAUUGAAGAUGUUGCGGAUGAUGCCAUUCCACAACAAACUGGAGCCGGCUAUGUGUCAGGAGCCGCGAAGUAUUCCCAGGGCCAGUUGGGAGGCAACACUUCCUUGUUUUAUUUGGCUGUCUCAGAGAAGGUUAAGGACUUGGAAUGGAUGCGUCUGACUUUGUUAGACGACUUGGUGGAGAAGUCCAAAACUGGCCAGCUUUCAAUUCCAGGAAUGCAGCCUUACCAGUCCGAGGUCAGCCAAGAUCUCUUGGAGGCAUUGCCCACUUUGCCCGUGAUGAACUUGCUGGUGACCAGCGGUGAGGGGGAGUUCAAGAAACUCCAAUUGCCGCACAACUUGGUGAAGAAGUGGCGGACAGACGAUGACUACGGUGAUGAGUUUGGCAAGUGGCUGGACAGCUUUGUUGAAAAGUACUCAGUCACAGAAGAAGAUGCCCCAAUGCCGUCUCCACGCAGUGACCCAACCAAGUCCGAGCCUGGAGGAACCACUCCUGCCGCUGAACCUUCCCCGAAGAAGCAGAAAGUCGAAGAAGUGGCGCCUGAGCACAUCAUCAAGAAUGACGCGAUCCAGGACACCCUGCUCUUUGAUGUCAAGAUUUCAGGCAAAGACUCCAUGAGUUUCCAGAUUCGAUCAGGGAAGAAAUUGUACCUGGUCAACCUCACUGGGCAAGAGCUGGCAAUGAAAGCGAAUUCCGCUUUGGUCGGCUUUGGGCGGGGCCAGUUCAAGCUCUUCAAGGAAGGCGAGGCUGUGGCUGAGAAGGCAGUCCGUUUUGAUGUGUCCAAAGAGAACUGCCUUGUUUGUCUCAAUGGACAAGUGAUGACCAUCUCAGACGCGGUGCAUCAGCAAAGGGCCAAGAAUCCGGAAGCUCAGGUGUCAUAUCACAAGACGGUUUGGGAAGCUGAGAAGAAUCACUACACCUUCCAGCUGGACAAGCUUGUUGCCUUCGUCCCAGCCGACAAGAAAUCAGUUUCUCCAAAGAAACCAGAGAAGAAUGAUGAUGACAAGGAGGCCGCUCUUGCAGCUUCCAACACAUUGCAGCCAAGGGGGCUUCAGCCAUCUAUGAGGGCAUGCAUUGCUGCUGUCUGGUGUGGUGGGUUCGUCGGACGGUCAAAGGCCUUCAACCCAUCAAGCCAAUGGUCCACUUGA